AUGUCUCAACCUCAUCACACCUACCCCCAGGCCCAAACACCCCAGUCCCGGCUAAUGAGUCGCCUCCAACCGUUCCCAGUUACCACCACCCCCGGCCCCCCACCAAGGCCCAAGACACAGGCCUCGACCCUGCGAUUCACCUCCUACCCCAGCCCCACCCCCACCCCACGCCCCAAUGCCGCGUCCCCCACGCCCUACCCCCUAGCCCAAGAAACACCCAAGAUCCCGAUUCCCCCUGCAACCUCACUUCUGCCACCCUUACCCACACCCAGCCCGGAGCAACGCAGCCCAGGCUGCACCCAACUGUUCCCCGCACCAGUCCUAAAUCCUGCCCACCCAGCUCGCCGCCGAGCCCCAGCUUGCAUAAUCAGUCCCCCUUGUCCCCGUCAAUGCCCCACCCUGCCCUAUCGCCAGCCUACCCCAGCCCAUGACCAACCUCGCCCCCGCGUCUGCACCGACGUGCCCACUGGUCCCGCACAACCCUUUCUGGAACCGCACACUCUUGACCCACCCCUACCCCCAACCAAAAACAGCCCCAGGCCCGCCCCUGAACUGCCCGUGUCUUUUCCCAUACACCUCCAUCCCGUCUGCCUACACCCCACCUGGCGUCCCCCGAUACUGACCCAUGCGAUAGCCCUGAUCGUUACAAGCCCGCACCCGUCCUGUCUCCCAAUGAGCCUCCUUACCGCUACAGCCGCCCCCAGCUCCACUAGACCCCCAUGCCCCAUGAGUCUCAUGCCAGCCUUCAUCCACCUACCCCCAACCCCAACCCAAACACCAGACCCCUAG